AUGGGCUCAGAGAUCCCAGCGGGGCCAAUGCGUGUCCUGGUGACGGGUGGAUCUGGGUUGGUGGGCAAAGCAAUCGAGCAUGUGGUGCAGCAGGAAGGUGGAAAACUGGAGGGAGAAGAAUGGAUCUUCCUCUCUUCUAAGGAUGCUGAUCUUGUAGAUGUUGUGCAGACCAGGGCUGUGUUCGAGAAGUAUCGUCCCACUCAUGUCAUCCAUCUGGCUGCAAAAGUCGGAGGACUCUUUCUGCACAUGAGGGAGAACCUGCACUUUUUGAGGAACAACCUCAAAAUCAAUGACAACGUACUGCAAACCUCCCACGAGAUGGGUGUGGCAAAGGUUGUUUCUUGUCUGUCAAGUUGUAUCUUCCCAGACAAAACCACAUACCCCAUCGAUGAGACAAUGAUACACAACGGACCACCUCAUGACUCCAAUUUUGGAUACUCGCAUGCCAAAAGAAUGAUUGAUGUUCAGAACAGGGCCUACUUUCAGCAGUACGGUCAUCGGUACACAGCCGUCAUCCCAACCAAUGUGUUCGGUCCCCAUGACAACUUCAACAUAGAAAAUGGUCACGUGCUGUCGGCACUCAUGAACAAGACAUACAAGGCCAAAAAGGAGGGAACUCCAGUGAAUGUCUGUGGCUCUGGAGCUCCUAGAAGGCAGUUCAUCUACUCUCUGGAUAUUGGUCGACUAAUCGUUUGGGUCCUGAGAAAUUAUGAAGAAGUGGAACCCAUUAUCCUCUCUGUGGGUGAGGAGGACGAAAUCUCAAUCAAAGAGGCCGUGGAAAUGAUUGCAAAGGCUCUGGACUUCAAAGGCGAAAUACAUUUUGACACCACCAUGUCAGACGGCCAGAUGAAGAAGACGGCCAGCAACGCCAAGCUGAGACGCUACCUCCCAGAGUUCUCCUUCACUCCUCUCAAAGAAGCUAUAAAGAUGACCUGCGACUGGUUCGAGAACAACCAGGACAUUGCCCGGAUAUGAAGUGACCCACCAUUAACACCAUUCUUCAGUUGUGGUGUCAGGCCCUUUGUUAUUACUGUGCAAUAUUGAUUGAUUCCGUCCCACAUUAAACAUUGCUGAACAUAUUCUCUGGUGUACUGGAGCCUCUUCAUCUUUUAAUCUCUAAGGAAUUUCACAUAAGGGUAUUAUUAGAGCUGUUCUUUAGCUACACCUUCAUUUAAGAUCUCAUUAAAACUUCCAGUUCAAGUUGUAAAAAAAGAUAUAUUUAGAAAACAUUAAUUGAUCUAUGUUUGGGUUGUUUUCUUGUGUGUUUGUAUGCCGUUAUGCCGUUGUGUAGCGUGCUUUUGUUUUUUGUAUAAACUGAAAAUAAAAUGAUUGAAAG